AUGAAGGAGUGUGACGCGGGGUGUGGGUGGUGGCUGAUCGUGCCGGAGUCAGUCCUUUCCGAGCUCAUCAAUUUGUUUUUUGACAAGGUCCAAGGGUGGCUUCCACUUUUCCACCGUCCUCGAUUCUGCAAAACCUAUCUCAGGAAUGGUAUCUUCGACAAAGGCAUUUCCUCGCGCAUCACCACGAUCGACUCACUCCUGCUUUGUGGCAUGUUUGCCCUGGCCGCCCGGCACUCCACCAACCCAUGGUUCCGAGAUAUCGCAGCACAGGACCGGGGCCAGCGAUUCGCCGAUGACGCGUUGAAGUACUACGAAAUGUCUGGCGUGUCCGAACAGACGUCAGCACUGCAGUACCUCCAAGGCUGUAUCUUGCUGACAUUCUACCUGUACACUGCUGGGCCGUCCCAUCGUGCCUGGGUCCUUGCUGGCGUCUGCGUCCGUCUAGCCUACGAGAUGAACCUGUGUAGCAUGGACGAGCAGGAAGAGGACCACUCUGUGGAUCCAAGCGACUGGUCGUACGCAGAGGAACGGCGCCGGGCAUUCUGGCUAGUCUGGGAAGUGGAUACAUUUGGGUCUGUCAUGUCCAGACGCCCGAGCUCGGUGAAUCGCUCAAUGAUGGCCGUCCGACUCCCCGUUGCGGACGCGGCGUGGUUCGCCGACACCCCAGUCCAGUCCCCCGUCAUUGAUCCAAGGCCGUCUAAGGCUUGGGGCAUCCUACAGGAGUCGCCGAACGAACACGAGUGGGCAUGGUACAUUGUCGCGCAUUUUCUCAUGACCAUAGCCAGUGAAUAUGCGGCCAGUCGACACACAACUAGGCACGAUGAGGACGAGCUUGCUGAGAGCAUGGCAUGCUUUUCGCUUUUAAUUGCGCAGCGCUUCAGCCUCGAGAGUCUUGGAUUUUCGCAGCCCAUUGAUGCCGCGAAGCACAACUGGGUGAUUGGAAUGCAUCUCAUGCUGGUGUGUGGCCGCUCGACCAUCCGGGCUAGUUUCGCGGGGCAGUUCCUGGGCUUGUCGCGGCACCCGGCUCGAGUUUGUUUGCAAUGGCAGCCCGAGCACAUUCUUUUGAGCCAUCCGUUUCUCGCAUGCUGCCUCCUCUCGGAUCUGGCCUACCCCUCCGAAGAUGCCUUGAAGGAGCCGGACACGCUCGCUCACAAUAACGAGGUCGUGAAGCUGGUCUUGCUGCAGUAUGCCUCAGUCUGGAAGCUAGGCUCCGUCGUAGCAGACCUAAGGGCGUCUUUGACCCGCGGCGACACCCCCUUGGUAGCCGCUCCGAUCAAAAAGCGCUUCGCCCUGUACUUUCCAUCGCGCGUCAAAAGUAGGCGUUGCCAAAAUUCCAGAGUCUGCCAGCCCGGCCUGCUACCAGAGACUACCAGGUUGGGUAUGAGAGAAGAUAUUACAAACACCGAAGAAACCACUUUCGACCGUCUUCUAGCUCCACAGGAAUAUCCGCACCAGCUACCACAAUUCACCGAGCAAACUCGGUCUAUAGAGCCAGGGAUGACGGACCUUGCCAGCCCGCCUGCGGGAGAUGUCUCCAACUUCCUCCACUUUUACGGUCUAAAUGAGUGGGCGUUGCGCAGUUCGGCGGAUUAG